GUGUGGCGCGCAGCGGAGUGUAAACUCUAGCGGGGCUGGAGCAAACAUUCGAUUAGCGGCAGCAGCCUGCCAGCCUGCCCGAGGAGCGUGAGGACCAGCGCGCGGCACAGCGACCGCACGAUGGCCUCGUCUCAAGGGAAGAACGAGCUGAAAUUCGCCGACUGGAUGGCCACUCUGCCCGAGAGCAUCCACAGCAUCCCCCUCACCAAUUUAGCCAUCCCAGGAUCUCAUGAUUCCUUCAGCUUCUACAUUGAUGAAGCCUCUCCAGUGGGGCCUGAACAGCCAGAAACUGUCCAGAAUUUUGUCUCUGUGUUUGGAACUGUGGCGAAAAAGCUGAUGCGGAAAUGGCUAGCCACUCAAACCAUGAACUUUACUGGUCAGCUAGGAGCUGGGAUCCGUUAUUUUGAUCUUCGAAUUUCCACCAAGCCUAGAGACCCCGACAAUGAACUCUACUUUGCUCAUGGUUUGUUCAGUGCCAAAGUCAAUGAAGGCCUUGAGGAGAUCAAUGCAUUCCUCACAGAUCACCAUAAGGAGGUAGUAUUCUUGGACUUCAACCACUUUUAUGGGAUGCAGAAGUAUCACCAUGAAAAACUCGUCCAAAUGCUGAAAGACAUCUAUGGAAAUAAAAUGUGCCCAGCGAUUUUUGCCCAGGAAGUGAGUCUAAAGUACCUGUGGGAGAAGGACUACCAAGUGCUCGUCUUCUACCACAGUCCAGUGGCUCUGGAAGUACCCUUUCUCUGGCCUGGGCAGAUGAUGCCAGCACCUUGGGCCAACACCACAGACCCGGAAAAACUGAUCCAGUUUCUUCAGGCAUCCAUCACGGAGAGAAGGAAGAAGGGAUCAUUUUUUAUAUCUCAGGUGGUGCUGACCCCCAAAGCUAGCACCGUGGUCAAAGGGGUGGCCAGUGGUCUCAGAGAAACAAUCACAGAAAGAGCUCUUCCUGCCAUGAUGCAGUGGGUCCGCACGCAGAAGCCAGGAGAGAGUGGCAUCAAUAUUGUCACUGCCGAUUUCGUAGAACUUGGUGAUUUCAUCAGCACUGUCAUAAAGCUCAACUAUGUCUUUGAUGAAGGGGAAGCCAACACUUGAUAGUACCAUUUGGAGUGCCAGUGAAUAAGAUAGAGAAAACUCACUGUAUUAGGCAUAUUAUCUAUAAACACUCUGAUCUUCCUAUUCCACUGAGUCUCUGAGGGAAUAAGGGCUGAAAGUGGGUGGGAAAAGGGGGAAACCAUUUCUUCAGUGAUUAUUAUCAUACUCUACAUUACUAUAAAUAUUUCAUUUCUCAUUUGAUGAUCAAAACCUACUUCUAGUGUUAGGAAUAAAAAAAAAACUAGUACAUUUCGUUUCUCAGAAUUAGUUUUUGUAACUUAUGAGUGUUUACUUGAUUGUGUUUCUGAUUUCAACCUAGGGCUCCUACACUGUGUAUCCUCUAAAUGAACCUUUCUGCUCCCUCUCUAGCUCGCUCUUUUUAAUCAGCUGUUGUAUGGGACUUAAAAAUAAUUAAAUGCCCAACAUAACGUGUAUUAUCAAUACAUUGUUGUGCUGAAAUGUACUUGUUUUGUGGGACCUGGUAUAAUAUUCUGUAGUCUGCAAUCUCACUAACUUUGGGUCAUAAACAAUAUGCAUCAAAUCUGUUUCCCUGCAUAAGUAAUAUUGGUGGGCAUAAUCAGUAAUUUUUGUGUUAUAUAAAAACAAUAGUGUUUCACAGUAUUUCUAUUUAAGGCAGCUAUAAAUAUAGAGUAAAAACUUUUGUGGAAGAACUAUUAGUGCCAACUCCAUAGUGAAAAAUGGGGGUGGGGGAAGAGAUGGAUAUCAUUGUAAUUCAGAAAUCUCUUAACUAAUAUUGUCCUACAAAUGCUCAGUAAAUGAAAAAUUAUGACAAGUGUUGUUAAAAUCAGAAAACUCUGAAAAUAAAUCUUAUAAAAUUUCUUCUAACAAUUAUCUUGACUGAAAAAAUAAAAAGAAGAAAAGAAAGAAAUGAAAGAUUGAGCAAGCUUUCCUAACAAAUUGAGAUUUCCAAAUAUGUCAUUCUAAAUCCCAGAUUUUGAGGAAUAUAUUCUGAGAAGGUUCAAUCUGAGUUUUUUUACUUGAAGUUGAGGAAAAUGGAAGGGUGGCAGAGUGAAUUAGAGCAAUGUUUUUGAAACUAUGACCGUGAACUCUCAAGGAUCAGUGAAACAUUUUUAGGAGAUUCUUAAAUACAUGUGAUUUGGGCAGACUUAUUGAAAAUCACUUCUGUGUCCCACCCCAGGGUCAAGUUUGAGGCAGAGGCCCAAGUUUCACAGAAAGUUUCUGCCAUCCACCAUUUGAUAGUCCAGGUGUAUGAGGAAGAAAAAUGGUAAUGCAACUUUGAGCACUGCUUCUGCCUUGGUGUCUUUGUGAUACUUGACAGCUCUAAACAAUCUUAAAAGAGCAUGAUAGCCCUUACCAAUAUGCCUCACAGGAAUAUUGUGAGGCAUUUAUAAAACUCUAUAAAAUUUGCUGAAUUUGUACAAUUCUGAAUUAUUUUAUCUUCAUGUUUAGAAAUAAUCUCACCUCAAUAGUUUCCUGGGAAAACACAGUCCAUGUAAAAUGGGGCCAUAGAGAAAUAAAAGCAUGCUCUCAGUUUUCAGUUAAUUUAGAUGUAUGACAUGUGGUUUAAUCUCUGAGUCCUAGGUAAGGGAUUUAAUUACAAGGUUACAUACAUCAAAAUUAUAAAUAUUCAAGAGUUGAUUAAAAGAUUAUAAAUACUCACUAUGAGAAAAUAGUGCUUACUAGCAGCUGUGGGGAAGGAAGAGAAAUUGUUUAUACUGAAGAGAACAUUUAUGAAAAGUGUGCAGGUGUGUGUGGUUGACCAAGUAGCAUGCAUAUACACACAACAGAUAUGAUCUCCAUUCCAAUUGUGUGUAUAUGUCUCAACAGACAAAAUAUAUCAAUAUACACCCACUCUUGUGCAGGCAGACAGACACAAAUACACACAAACACACACAGUCAUGGACAGACACAGUGAAAUUCUUCUUUUCAAGUGAAAACUUAGGUAAUAUUAAAUAAUUUAAUUUUAGGACCAAAACCCUUAACAAUGUAUGAAAAAGAGUUGAUGAGAUUUUUGAAAGUAGAGUAGCUGAUCAUGUUCAAAUAUUUUUGUAAAAAUCGAUAUUAAUUAUCUACAAAUAUAAUUUUCUUUCUGCUUUCCCUCCCCUUGCAGUUUUAUUGCCUUUCUAUCUCUCUCACCUGCUCUUUAUAUGCAAUUGAAUAUGAAUCCUUUCUAAAGGACUAUAGCUUAUUGAAAUUUAUGUCCUGUGAAGUUGUUUUUUGGGGAGGUUUUCUCUGACUAUUCAUUAUUCAUCCCUCAGGAGGAUCUUUAGCCAAGCACACUUGCAAUGACACAAGGAUUUAACUUAUAAAUGUAUGAGAAAACAGAUCUUUCAACAUAUUCAAUACAAAUGAAAAAUGAAUAAAAUAUAGAGGUAACUAUGUUGUGUUUUCUUGAACUUAGAUGCUUUCUUAUGUUUGCUUAGAAUUAGCUUUGUCAUAUCUGUCAUUUGGGUGCUGGAAAAAAACAAACAUGCUGAAGCAUUAGAUUAAUUUUCCGGUUUCUGAGUUAGAGAAAGCUUUUAAUUGCUAUUAAUGAUAUGCACAUAGAGUCCUUGUUUGACAAAAGAUACUUCCAAGCCAAUGUUUGGUGUCCAUGUGGAUGUACAGUAUCUAUGUAACAGGCACUGGGAGUAAAUGGACUUGCCUUAAUUUCGAAAGGAGGGAACAGGUAGAAGUGAACCAUGCAUCCUCCACUAGAGGAAGAGUUCACUAGGAAGGAUUCCUUUGCAAGGGGAAUGGAGGGAAAAUGCCUUUGGCUGUCUUCUGCCCAUUGGCCCUGCUCUGGGACACACUUAGGGAGCAGGCUGUGGGCCUUAAAUAAAGAGGUAGGGGGUGAGGACUAGUGGUAUGCAAUCAGAGCUUAGCAUCAGCCUAAGCUCCUUUGUCUUAGCUGGGCAUUGAGUUUCCAGAGAGUUAGAGCACAAGGGCUACAAAUAGACCCCCAAAUGGUAGGAGAUACAUCUUGGUGCAUUUUUUGUUCUACUUAUUUCUUAAGACUUUUCCAUCACAGGUCCUGCAAGGCAAAGAAAACAGAAACAAAAUCCAACUUUUACCCAAUUUACAGCAGGAAUUCAAAGGAGUGGCUGAGAUGAGGGAAAAUAUACAAAGAGUAUCAUUUUUUGGUUUGCUUUCCUGUCUGUAAUUUCGAAGGACAAAUAUUUAGAUACUCCUGCCAUUAUUCUUUAUGUCUCCCUUAUUACUACACAAUCAUAUGAAUGCAGAGAAUGACUUUUAAAAGCCUUAGGAUAUUCUAUAUGAUGACCUCAAUAUUCACUUUCAGCCAUACUGGGAAAACUCACGUUUCAUGGAGUGCCACCUAACAAUGAAUGUACUAGAGCAUAAAGUAUUUGGUAUGUAUGCACCUGUGUGUGUACACACGUACUCACACACACACACACAUACACACACACACACACACACACACACACACACACACACCAUGCACAUCUCACACAUUAUUCAAGCCGAAACUGCACUCUAAUCACUCAACCUGAUUCUAUUGUCAUUUUAACUCUUAAAAUUAAUAUCUCCUACGUAAGUAGGGACAAACAUAAUUUAAAUAUUUAAGAGGAGAAAAAUCACUAGAAAACCAAUGAAAAAUGAGAUCUUCAUAAAUAAGAAAUGCCUAGCAGUAAUAGUCUAACUACACUGUCAAUUACACUUCAAGCUAGAGAAUCAAGGAUGGACUUAAAUAUAAAUCACAAACAGACAGACAUGGCAUCUUCGCUUAAUGUUGUUUUAAGUUCUUUGAGUUCUAACAUGUUUUAGCCAAGGUUACCCAUUCAGGAUCUCCCCUGUUAGGAUUCCAGACUGGAAGUUUGGAAGUCUCAGGAAAUGUAUGUUUUCAUGACUUUUUCAGUUCUACAAUUUUAAUGAUCCAAUGACACAAUCUUCUGACCUUUGGUUGCUAGUCCAAAUGAGAGCUCCACAGGUAGAGUGCUGGCUUUUUGAAUUGCUAAUAGAAAAUAAUGCGUAGUGUCCCUCAGGAUAUGCUAAACAAGGUUUUUAAAAGUAUUUUAUUUUAUAGCACUUUAGUUUUUUCAACUAGAUUUCAGUGACACGAUGGUGUAAAUGCUGUAUUUGCCAUAACUUACUGGUGGCUCCUGUGUUACAUACAGUUUUAAAUAAUGCUCUAACUUAUUUGUUUUCCCAAUGACAGUGAUAAAAUGUUCCGUAGAAUUUGUAAAACGUGUUAAGUCAGUUGAAAAUUGUGCAAUUUUUAUUUCAUUUGUGAUACUCUUUUGUAGGUAUUAGUCCUAAAUGUGUAUUUGUAUGAGUCAGAAGUAUGUGCUUGUAUGUGUGUAUUAAGUAUACUGUAUCUUAUACAAAAUCAAACUUAUCCUAAAGAAAAAGGGCACAUUACGACCAGCCUUAAUUCAUUGACAUUUUUGUUAUUGUUUCAAUUUGGGAUUAAAAUUUUAAAAGAAAUUAUAUUUUUGUUAAAAAUGGGCUUUUUUUUUAAUCACAUGAGAAAUGUGCUUUAGCACUCAUUUGAGUUCCACAAGCAAAUAGUCCAGCUUGUGGAACACCCAAUGCUCUUUAAGUUUCAAACGUCAAUUAAUUUAUUAACUUCAUUAACAUGCAAAGAAACUAAAUUCAGAUUCAUUUCCAUCAACAACAGAACCAGUGCAUUCCUAAAGCUGUUCUUCCAAAUAUGGAACCCAUUUUGCUUAAAGGAUAAGCUUUCCAUAAAAAAUUGUUUCUCCAAACCAUUACUUUUUAAAAAAUUGGAUCUUCUCAAGUGAGAUGAACUGCCUUGGCCCUGUGAGAGUCAGUAAAGACCCAUCAACAUUAGGUGGUACCCUUUGCAAAAAAACAGGAUGCAACACUCUUAAAUUUUUGCUAUCUGCCUAUAUGCAGUUUAGCAAUAAAAAACUAAAUACUAAUUUGAGGAUCUGCACAGGUGGCCAUGUUCAAAGCAAAACUCUGUAAUCUUUGGGCCUGGGAUCUUGGUAUGGAAUAUUAAUCAAUCUUCUUUCCUCUCUUUCUCCAUCUUCAAUUAUUUUUGUCCCAUAUUUAAGGUUGCUAGGUAGAAUACAGGACACCCAGUGAAAUUCAAAUUUCAGAUACAUAUGAAUAUUUUUAGUAUAAGUAUUUUCCCAAUAUUUCAUGAGAUGUACUUAUACAAAAAAAUUACUCAUUGUUAAUCUGAAAUUCACAUUUAACUGGUUGUGUUUGUAUUUUUCUCUAAUCUGGCAUCCCUAUCCAUCCUGACUUUCUACUUUUUUCAUCAGGGCUACCUACCUAUAGGGGGUAAAAUCCUACCUCUUUCUACACUCCUGUGUUAAGAUACUUCACGAAAAUCCAUAGUCCUAAUACCCUUCAUGAAGGAAAAUAUUGGCCCAUGCCAAGUCCUACAAAUGCAUUAUGAAGGACCAACUCAAAUAUAGGAGGAAUAAUCAUAUAAGAACUUUUAUAAGAUUAAUGCCACAUUCACUGGCCUGUUGUGAGAUACAAGUCUCACUCCACCUGCCCCCCUUAAUCCCUUAAGUAACAUUUCUCAAUAAUUGGGACAACCAGUAACACACCCAGACAUUUAAAAUGACCCUGGAGUAUAGUAGCACCUUCCAACCCAUACCAGGACCUCUUUUAAAAUUUAUUAUUUUUUUCUUUCAGAGAGGUAACAAACUAAUCCCUUACUUUUCUCAUUAACAUCUUACCACAGAUUAUUUUUAUCAGAUUAGAACUGGUCUCCUACAGAACUGUAGAAAAUUUGACAUAGAAAGGAACUCUCUUGACUGCCUGAGGAAGAGAGGAGUCUGAGGUCUGAACACAGCUUUGUCGGUGCCUACUCGCGCAGCAGGUGGGAGAUAGAAUGUAGUGCCUGACAAUGAAGCCAGCACCUGACAGAGACGCUUGCCAAAGCAGAUUAUAACAACCAGCACUUUUUCUGAGGAAACCCAACACGUCCCAGAGUAAGAGCAGUGGGAUCUAAGGCCAGUUUCUAGAACACUUUUCAGAGAGUAGAACCAUGUCGGCAUUCCUAAAAUAGAGUUUUCAAAUACUGUUGUAUCCAAUGGUGAAUCCUUGACAGAGUCCGAAUGUGGAUGGAGUUUCAGAACAUUUGGAUAGCUACCUCCUCUCUUGAAAUUUGUGUAAGUGAUAAGAAAAUCCAAAUCCCUUAAUGUAACAUUUCCAUCUCAUGGCCCCUGCUGUCACACAUUUGUGUUGAUUUGCUUCAUGUCUAGAGGAUGGGAAUUUGCAGAGCUGGUGACAUUUCCUUCAUUGGACACUAGAAAUUCACCAGAGGGAGACAGAUCUGUGCCUUCUCUUUUUAGGAUCUGGUCAUUGAUACUUUAAUAAAUGUGGUGUAUAGAAAAUACAUGCCUACAGUUCUGUUUAGCAAAUGUGAAAUUUUUUUUGAUAAGAUCGUGUUCUUAAUGUUUAGAAAAGUUUCUUUGUAUCCAGUGAAAAGCUUAAUAAAGUCCUGAUACCAGU